AUGCCCGCAAAAGUUCGCAUACAGGGACUGUCAUCAUCCGGUUCCAUUCUCUUCGAGAAAGACCCGCCACGUCGCACCUACAACAAAAUGGCAUCCAUUCCAAAGGCUCACAUUGAGAUGCACCGAGGAGGGGACGAUGGAAGCCCGCCUCUCAUCAUUAAGCAGCCGGUGAUGCUCGAGCCGACCGAGCUCCGCGCCGGUGUCCAAAGGCCGAAACAGAUGUUCAUGUCGCUGAACGACGCUGUCAGGGGUCAUCUCGUGGCUAUGAUAGGGGAAUAUCUCGGCACGACCAUGUUUCUCUUCUUCGGAUAUAUCGCGGCGCAGACGGCGAAUGAGAAGCAAGACAUUACCCUGCGUGCGUCCAUUGGGGCGGCUGGCGCGCCUGCUGGGCCCAGCUUGCUACAGAUCUCGUACAUAUCCGCCGUAUUUGGGCUCAGCCUUGCUGCCAAUGUUUGGAUUUUCUACAGAGUUAGUGGCGGAAUGUUCAACCCAUCGAUUGCCUUCGGCUUAUGGUUGUCAGGCGCGUUUAACUGGGUCCGGCUUGUCUGUGUUAUACCGGUCCAGUUUCUCGGGGGCAUUACGGCAGCCGGCCUUGUUGCGGGCAUCCUUCCAGGACCACUCAAGGCUGAGAACUCCGUCGGUGAGGGCAUCAGCACAGGCGGAGGCUUCUUGAUGGAAAUGUUUCUCACAGCGGAAUUGAUGAUCACUAUCUUGAUGCUUGCCGUUGAAAAGAGUCGAACCACAUUUAUGGCGCCCCUUGCUAUAGGUGUCGCUCUAACGAUCAUCCACCUUGUCGGGAUAAACGUCAGCGGCGCCUCCGUAAAUCCAGCACGCACACUCGGACCCGCGGUGGUCAACAACAACUACGUAUCGGAGUUCUGGAUCUAUUUUAUUGGUCCUACCCUCGGCGCAGCCAUUGCGGCAGGCAUCCGUCACUUGCUCAAAGCCCUGGCCUAUCAGACCGCCAACCCAGGUCAAGAUUCCGAUGGCAUGGAAUAUUUCCGUGUGGUGGCUUCCUCGUCGCAGGGAUCAGUGUAUCCAUCACCGGCGUGGCGCCGUAAGCCAAAGACAUCGGAGGACACAGAACUGCUCCUUCAAGACAUGGUGAAGCCGAGAGAGGUCUUGCAUGAUUUUCCUUGA